AUGGAAGUUAAAGUUGAAAUCAUCUCUAGAGAAGAUAUUAGACCUUCUUCUCCCACACCCUCUCACCUAAGAACCUUCAAACACUCCCUUUUAGAUCAAUUUGUUCCUUUUCCUCAUGCACGGAUCAUUCUAUUCUACACCACCUCACAAAAUCUCUCUGAAUUUUCGAAGAGACUAGAGUUAUUUAAACAAUCAUUAUCUGAAAUCCUAACACAAUUCUAUCCUUUUGCUGGAAAGAUCAAAGAUGAUUUGUCCAUUGAUUGCAAUGAUGAAGGUGCUAACCUUGUAGUAGCAAAAGUGAAUUGUCCUAUUUCAAAGUUGUUAAAAAAGCCUGAUUUGAAUUCACUGAACAAAGACUUGUCAAGAAAAACAUGGGGUUCCAUUUUUAGGAAAGGAAAAUGGGUCACAAGGAGGUUUGUGUUCAAAAAUUCUGCUAUUGCCACACUCAAAGCUCAAGUAGUGGCAAAAUUGAAGAAUCAUCCUAAUACUCCUCCUACACGUGUUCAAAUAGUUUCUGCCUUGCUGUGGAGGUAUUUUAUGGCUGCGUCGAAGGAUCAAUUUGGAACUCAAAGGCCUUCUAUACUGAUUAACACGCUGAACCUUCGCCGAAGAAUGGAAGAGUCUCUACAUCCUGAGAAUUCUAUAGGAAAUUUUCUAUGGUUGACACCUUUAGAACACAUGAGUAAUAGUAAAGAUGAUGAGUUGAGGUUGGAUGAGUUGGUGAGUAAAUUGAAAAAGUCAAUUGAACAAGUUGAUAAGGAUUUGGUUGCAAGAUUGCAAAGUGACGAGGAAGGGAGUUCAAUCAUAGAAAAUGCUCUUAGGAAAAUUAGCGGUGAAACAUGGUCUAAUAAUAAGGGUGAUGAGGCAUUGGAAAGAUUAGGUAUUACUAGUUGGUGUAACUUUGGAGUCUAUGAUUUUGAUUUUGGAUGGGGAAAACCUAUGUGGGUGAGUACUAUUGGUUUCGAAAGUAAUUCAGUGUUAAUGAAUAUGUUAAUCUUGAUUGAUACUAAGUUCAAAGAUGGUAUAGAAGCUUGGGUUACCUUGGAUGAAGAGAAAAUGAAGCAUUUGGUGUCAAACACUGAAUUACUCACUUAUGCAACUCUUGAUCCAAGUCCUUUGGCAGUGUCUAACUCAAGGUUAUAG